GGGGGCGUGUCCAAUUCUGCGCAGGCGCAGCUGACGUCUGCGUUGCAACCCCUUCCCUCCAGCGUGCAGGCGCAGUUGGGACUAGUGACGGCAGCGCGGCUCCAUGACGCUUCCGGCGAAACAAUUUACGACGCUGUAAGGCGUGACGCGCUCGUGGUGUUGGUUGCUGUGGAGAGGUUGGUGCCGUCGCUGGGUCGCGUCCUGACAGGCCAGGUCUUAGCCGGCUGGCUGCGUAGCAGGCAGCUUCUGCCCUCGCAAGGAUGGAGGCCGAGCAGAUGAUGGAGGGGCAGCCUCAGGUUCCAGAAAACCCCCACGCAGAGUACGGACUCACGGAAAACGUGGAGAGAAUCGUAGAAAAUGAGAAGAUUAACGCUGAGAAAACAUCAAAGCAAAAAGUGGAUCUUCAGGCAUUACCUACGCGUGCCUAUUUGGACCAAACAGUUGUGCCUAUCUUACUACAGGGACUUGCUGUAUUAGCAAAGGAGAGGGCUUCUCCACAUAUCAGUGUCAAGGGGUAUGGUGGCACAAUGGGCAGCCAACAGUCAAGACGGCAGUCACCCCAUCAUCCUUUCUUCCUCACUCCCUCUGCCCUGAGGUCUCCUCCAGUCAGUGCUGAGGAACAGGGCUGCCAUCAAAUGGGGUCGCAACACCAAGGUUGGGAUCCACUGUUGUAGACCGCAGUUAAAAUAUGUUAGAUGCUUCCAUGAACUGUGACAGUUUUUCUCUUAGCUGUUAGAAGCUGGAUUCCCAGGAUUUAUGAUCCAUGUAAGUUUGACUGAAAAAAUAAAAUCUGCAGUACUUACCUAGUGAGACUUAACUGUUUGCAUGUUACAGUGCUUUUUAUCCAAGAAUUUCAACUUCCUGUGUGUUGGUUAGAAAUAUUUGGCAGAAGAUACUGAGAUGGCAUGAAUGCAGACUUAUCAAGAGAGGGUACUACAUCUCUCUACUUCCAGUGUGAUCUCCUUCCUUCCCUUCCAAAGCUUAGACUGACAGACUGUAGGUUUUGUCUCUUACCUUAUUUAACCCUGAACUAUAAUAUGCCAAAAUAUGGUUUCAGUGAUAGAAUGAGCGUUUUUCCAUCUCCAUUUCAUAGGGAAGGUUGAAUAAAAGUUUUUUCUAGUUUUUGUCUAGAGCUUACGUAAGAGCAUGAAAACAUUCUUAAUUUAAUGCUUUUAUAAUUAAAUCUGUUUUGGUGAAGAUGAUUGUUGUUCAGGUAUUUUUUCAUAUAAUAAAAGGUUACUCUACUUUUUCUCUUCUUUUU